CGCGCCCGAUCUCUCCCGAGAAUGAGCGUUUACUUUCGGGAACAAAAAUAGCGGGCAAACUUGAUGUUCUACUGCCCGUCGACGCUGUCAUGGUACCCGCCGGUCUGCGUGUUCCACGGACCGGGUGUUCACGAAUCACCUGCAGCGACCAGUACGUGAUGCCCGACCUGUCGACGUGCAGGGACUGGCACCUCGCGGCUCUGUUGUUCCUGAGCCGCGCGGCCAAGCCGCACGACGCCACAUCGGUGCUAGCCGGCAUCGAACGCCUCGUGGAUCCUGCGCGCCUAAACAUCAUGGGGCCGUACGAUUGCGAUCACAUCUGGUUGCUCAGGUUUACGGACGCCGAAGCCCGCGACAAAGUCGUCGGUGCGUCGGACCUCGAGUGCGCCGGCCAUCCGGCUUUCUGCGUCGAGCCGCAGCCCGAACAUUCGCUCCACCGCGGACGCUGCGUCGGCGGAGCUCUGGGCUGGCUGUGUGGUGCAAGUCAUCCAGACUACUGGCUCCGGAUAUUGGAUGUGUCGUUUCCUCCUGAAGAUGUCAAGUGCCUGCUUUCAAGAUCCUAUAGCUGGGAAUGUGACAUUGUGGGGCCGCGCUACGAGGAGUCGGACCUGGGCACAGAAGGGGACAACGUCGAGGACGAAGAGGAGUUUGAGAAGCGGCGACUCCUGGAGCAGGAAGCAGCUCUCAUGGCCGAGAUGGGCCUCCCGGCGUCCUUCACGUCUGCCAAACGUGACAGUGGCAACAGAAGGGGCGAUGGCUGUGAAAGCGAAGAGCUGCUGUGUUGUGACGUGCCUGAAGAUCGGAGCUCACCAGCAACUGUGGUCGACUGGCAGAAUUUUUGGGAGAAGAACGGAGACAACCUCGUGUGGCAGUCUUGGGUGCAUCGCUAUGGCGACUACAUCUCCCCAGAGUACCUGGAAAGCUGCGCUGCUUCUGCAGAUGGUCAAAUGCCUUCCGCUACUGGAGAUAAUGCCAUGACGCUACUAGAUGGCGCUGACAAGAAACGACAUCCUGAAGACGAAGAUGCUUCUUCAGCACCCUCUACAGACCAGCCUGCCGGAGGUGGUGCGCAGCUGGAAAAUAGGAGACUCAGUGGAGAGACCUGUCUUGUUGAGAACUCUGUGGCCUCAACCUUGCCUCCUAGCCAGGGUGGCCAGUCCUGCAACAACGGCAUCUGCAGUACCACCAGUGAAGGCGUGCAAGAUGACUGUGGACAGCUUCAGGGGUGUGGCCAAGUCGGCGACACGCUGCACAGAGGACAACAAGAAGACAAUGACGGAAUUGCGGCUGCCGCUGCUCAGAAGUCCGACGACGAGCUGUGGAAGGAAGUGUGGGAGCAACAUUACCUUGAGGUGUACAACCAUUACUACAGCAUGUUUGGUCACGACGGUGAGGGGGAUGGCUGCAAGCAGCAUUCGGAGCCAACAGAUGCAGACUCCAUUCCUGCAGAUACAGAGCAGACGAACUUGGCUGCAUCAGAGCAGACGGGCGCUGUCCAGUGCCACUCAGAGGCGAUGAAUGGCACUCUAGCAUCUGCUAGUGAUAACAACAAUGAGAACAGUGCUACAGAUGCCUGUAAUGCAGCUGAUUGUGGAACUGUGAAUCGUCAAGAAGGUAAGCAGGGUAGAAACUGUAGCAUUGCAGAGCAAGUGUGCGCUGACUCUAUUACGAGAGGUGACAGGGAAGUCGAUGAGGAGGACGUUGUCUUGCUCAAGGAUGAGUGUGAUGUGAAGCUCAUGAAACAGAUGGGCCUGCCUGUGCAAUUUUCAUCGGCUGGCAAGCGGAAGAAGCCGAAGAAGAACAAAAAAUGCACUUCCAAGCGUUCCCCAAAAGCUAAGGGCAAGGAACUACCCAGUUGGGAUGAAUACUGGCUUUGCAAUGGCAGCCGCCUUCUGUGGGACACUUGGACAGAAACCUACCCCGAAUUUUUAGAGCCCUUGUUCUUGGCGUCGGUGAAACUCGAUCGGACAUUGCCAAAUGCAGACGAGUGUCUUCGAAGGUGCCCCACCGGAGGCGACGACAUCCUGGCAUCAAUGCAUCGAGGCGAUUCUAAACUGCCAAAAGACGCGGGCCUUUGGCAGAAGCUGUGGAACGCCCACUGUGACCGUGUGUGUGGACUCGAAUUUGAAAAGUACCAGCAAGUUGUCUGCGAAGAACCUUCCGAAGCCAAAGAGGAGAGCAAAAGGCAUAAUAAAGACAAAGUGGUCGUUGGAGGGGCCGAAAUCAAGGCGGGAAGUGAAAUAAAAGUUGAUGAAGUGACUGUGGAGUGUGCCCAGAACUUCAUGUUGGUGCAGCACAAUGGAAAGAACUCUGAUGGUGUCAAGCAGUGUCCGGCAGGUUCCCAGGAUGGCAACGAUGGCAGCUCGUCAGGCUCACGCAAAACGAAAGGCUCAAGGAGAGAGGGUGCAUCCGGCUCUUCUGACAGUGCGAGCUCUAGGGGAAGUGGUGCUGGCAGCAGAAACAUUCAAAAUGGCGAUGAUGGCGACGACGGAGACGACCCUCCAGACGAGAGGCCCGUGAAGAUAAAGAAGAGUCACGAAGAGGACAUAAACUCGGACGAAGAUGAUGCAUUCAAAGCCCUCAUUUCUUACGGACUGUCUCUGAAGGAAAGCCUAAAGGGAAUCAAGCUGGGUCCCGAAGGAGCCAAGUCCCACGUGGCGAAUAAGAAGAAGCGCAAGAAGUUACGUAAACAGGGAGCAUUGCAGCAAUCACAAGAAGAGAUGAAAGAAUUGCUUCCCAUUGGCUCCCCUGGCACAUCCACAAUGCCGAGCUACAUUCGGGACAACCCACACUUGACCAAGUACUGGAUGCAGCGGUACAGGCUCUUCUCCAAGUUUGACAAAGGCAUUCAACUGGACGAAGAAUCCUGGUUCUCCGUGACACCCGAAGGCAUCGCCAAGCACAUAGCAAAGCGCUGCAAGGCGGACGUCGUCAUCGAUGCCUUUUGUGGCGCAGGAGGCAACAGCAUCCAGUUUGCCCUGGCGAGCUGCCAUGUGAUAGCUGUGGACAUCGACCCCAAGAAGGUGGAGCUGGCACGGAACAACGCAUCCGUGUAUGGUGUGGCGGACAAGAUUGAGUUUAUGGUUGCUGACUUCCUGGAGGUCGCUUCGCGACUGCGUGGCGAUGUAGUCUUCCUGAGCCUUCCUUGGGGAGGGCCUUCGUACCAGUGGAAGGGCACUUUUGACCUGAAGGACAUGAAGCCAGACUUAUAUCCUUUUGCAGUUCUUGAAGGACACUAA